AUGCUGUGCUACAACUAUGGGGUGCAGGCGCACCAGCAGGCGCGCUACUCCGACGCCAUCAUGUGGCUUGAGAGCACCGGAAACAACGAUAGGGCCAAGCAAAGUGCUCAGCUCGCCAGUGAGAUGCAAGAGAACCAUUCUGUUCUGUAUCUGCUCGCCAAGCUGAACUUCGCGGAAGGGCGCUUUGACCUAGCGGAGAACUAUCUCGAAAAGCUACUCGCACACCCGGACACCAACGCCCUCGACAUGGCAUUUGCGGCGUGCGAUUUGGCCAGGGACAAUAAACGACCCGAGGCAGCGAUCCUUGGCUAUACGUUUCUUCAGAGUCGCUUCUCUCAAGAUGGCGAUCUGGGCAAGAUCCGAUUCCGACUGCUCGACCUUCUGGUCUCCGAAGAAGUCAAUGAUCAUUCGAGAGCGCUUGCCGCUGCCGAGCUGAAGCAUUUUCAACAGCUGCUCUGGAACGUUGGGGCCGUCCUGUUUCAGCUCAAGCAGUACGACCAAGCACUGAAGCACGCAAACGAAGCGAAUAUUCGUGAGUCAAACCUGGCGACGCAUUUCCUCUCGUUCUUGAUCCAGCUUCAUGUCCCAGACGACGAGCAAGCUAAGGCAGAGCUUGUUGCACUUUGCGCUUGUGAGGAUUUCGAUUCAAAGUAUCUCGACAUCGCUGCAGAGGAGGCGUGGGCGAUGAAGCGGCAAUCGGUGGCCAUGCACGCGCUGGAGGCCAUCAUGUCCACCUUUAUCAGCGCUGAUCGGUUGGGCCACAUCGGCAAGGUCCUCCGCAACUUGAUAAAGCUGUCAACCAACGGCGAGGAAAGUACUACCCUUGAGGGUUUGACGAAGACGGUCUACUAUCUACGGUUGGGUACGGAGAAACUGAAGGAGCUCGGAGUACAGAUGUUCAGUAGCCUCGACGAGCUCGAGUGGCUUAUCGGUGUCUGCUGGAAGUUUGGGUGCUAUCGCUAUGCAUUCGAGUACUCUAGCGUCCUACCCAUGAGCCGCGAGAGUUUGGAGACCAAGAAGUCGAGCCUGCUCUUCGCCAUCGCGGCUAAGUUGGAGGAACAAAAAGCGCAAGGCUUCAACGAGCGCAUCCCACAGAUCAAAGUCAUGGAACUGCACGCCAAGCUAGCCCUGAAGCUGAACGACCAAAGCCUCGUUGCGGUUAUUCAGAGCGCUGCAGCUGUACCUGGGAUCAGCCCCGUCGUAUUCGAGUCCAUGGCUGCACUCUGCUUGGACAGCGCCCUUUUCCGACAGCUGAUCACAUUGAAUGGAGGGCGCGAAAGUGCGUGGCCGCUCUACGAGCAGGCCUACAAGCUUAUCGAGAAGCUGGGCGAGCGAGAGACCGAAUCCUCGGCUUUCCCUCAGAUCGAACUGCGAUGGCUGCUGGCAAAGGCCUGGAACAACGGGACGCACAAGUACCGAUUGUCGAAGCACGACGAGGCCGAGAAGUGGAUGAGCCUCGCGUUCAAUAAGCAGGUGCCCGCAGAGGAGAAGAUGACAGAAGAGAUGGUGGUGAAGAUGAUGGUGAUGAUGGUGGUGGAGGAGGUGGCUGUCCAUCAGCAGUCAGCGAGCUCGGCCGAGUAG